AUGUUCAACUUCCCGGUGAUCUCCUACACCAUCGGCCUGAUGCAGUCGUCGUCCAUCCGGAACGAGCUCUUCGUCGUGUGGGCCUGCUUCCUCCUCCUCCUCCUCGGCAGCGCUGACACCAUGACGGCGUUUAGCUUCAACGACAGCAGCCAGCAGACAAGAUCCAUGAUGAACCAGGCCCUGCACGUCGUCUACCUGCUGUUUCUCAUACUCUACUACAAAGGUCAGCUCCGUGGCAGCUUCCUCAUCAGUUUGUUUCUGCUCUGGGGCUUAAGUGUUGUAAGGCUAGGCCUGAGGGGUAAGGCCUACCGGUCAACGUGCCGGUCCCGUGGGCUCAUCAGGGAAAACCAAGUCGUGUUCGAGUACAUGAAGUAUGAACCACUGAACAGUGCUGGUAUCCAAGGUGGUACCUGCAAUGCAGAAACCAUGGAGGGGUACAUCUACCUUGUGGACGGCAAGGAAGUGAAGGAGGUGCAGGAUGGGGAAGAGGUCAUACGCGUGGCUUACCGCGUGCCGGAAACAGUGGUGGACGUCCCCGGAACGGAGACGGUGGGCGUCGCGGGAGCCGAAACCGAAACGGGGCCCGUUGCCAGAUUAAGGGUGGAUGCCGAAAAAACGGUAGACAUCGCAAGAAUCUGGCAAUGCAAAGGGAAGUUACUGCAAUGUACUAGCAGCAGCGAUCAAGGCGCUUCGAGGUGGAGGGACUUGUGCCUCUCCUUUGCUCUCUUCAGGAUUCUCAGGCUAAGGUUUGCAGCUGAUCAUGUUGGCUCUAUAAGCUUCCCCUUUCAGGAGGACAAGUGUCGAGAUUUCGUUGUCAAAGGGCUCCUCUCGGAUGAUAAAGAUCUCGACAGAGCAUUCCGGGUAGUCGAGGCAGAGCUCGGCUUCCUCUUUGAUUUCUUUUAUGCUCGGUACCCGUCCAUCAAAGACACCCUAGCUCCCGAUUUGAUAGUGUAUGCUGCGAUCCUUGCAACCAGCAUAUUUACUCUCUUCUCCCCGGACCUCCUCAAGUACCAGCCUACAGGGGUCAAUGCAAACAUCUUUAUCCAUGGCUUCAAUCUUGAUCUUCUCGUCACUCGUUUGGUCAUCGUGUGGUACAUACUUCUUGAGUCAUACCAGUUCCUUUCUUUGUUCAUCUUCUCCGACUGGCACAAGGUGAAGAUGCUGUGCCGGUAUGUGCGGAAGGAGUCAUGGCAUAAGGCUCUCAUUGAGAUCCCACUCAAGGUCCUCUGCUAUUUCACCUUCUCAAAGUACUGGAAGGGAAGCAUCGGUCAGUACUUCAUCCUCGACAACGCCCAUCCUCACCCGGUCAAGUCCUUCCUAUCAUGGAUAUCACUCGAGGCCCUGGACUCAUCACUGAUGACUAAAUCCAUCAGCUUGCCACUGGAAGUGAGGGAAGCUGUCCUCCGCCAACUCAAGGCCAUCGAGGGCAACAUCACUGACGGAAGGUUGUGGCUAUAUGGGAAGGGUAUCGUCGACCUGGAUCUUGAUCGCGAGUGCUUGCUUGGCCACACGUAUGCCCGCUACAUCAUGACAUGGCACAUAGCCACAAGCAUCUGCAGCUACGGCCUAAACUUGCCGAGCAAGGACAAUGGCAGCAAAGAGGUGGCAGAGCUCACCAGCGAAGAGGCGGCAGAGCUCGUCAAGAACCAUGCGCUCGCCACUAAGCUGUCCGGGUACUGUGCAUAUCUGAUGGCCUUCAAACCGGAUCUGGUUCCGGGCAGCACUUACACGAGCUUGUCAAUGGCCCGCGGCACGCUGCACAACGCCCGUAAGUACCUUGCCGGGUGCAAGUCCAACGAGGAGAAGUACCUUAAACUGAUCGAGUUAGGGAGCUCAGGUUCCACAGACCACGAUGUCCGCUUUCUGUCCGAGGGGGCAAGGAUCGCUGCUUACCUCGUUGACAGCCGCAGGAUUGCAAACAACAAGGAACGAUGGAGGGUGCUCGCCACCUUCUGGGCGAACAUGAUGCUGUGGAUCGGCUCAUCGGACAGAGCAGAGGCACAUGCCACCAGGAUGGCAACCGGCGGGGAGUUCAUAACACUCAUAUGGGCUCUGCUCACACAUGCCCACGUAGUAGACAAGCUUCAGGAGGAUGGUGGUGCCCCAGGAUUGCAUAUGCAGGAGCUUCCUCCUCAAACAGGGGCGCAGGGCUCCUGA